UUUCAUACGUGGCGGAGGGAGGAUGUAGAUAUAUUCGUGUCGCUAUAAAUCGCCACGCAGAUGGAAAUGGAGAAAGUACAAGAACCUUUGGCCAGACCGGCUUUCGGCCGCGUUUUAUCUAGAGAAAUGUAUGAGAGACUGCUGAAGGAGAAGGGACCUAAUCUAGAUGUUUAUUUAUCGUACGCUGCGUUUCACGCGGAAAAUGGUAAUGUUGUAGAGAGUAUGGAAGUUCUGCUCCAUAGUUGUAAACAUUUCUCAGUGCCUAUAGACAAGAUGCGUCAAGUGGUUAGUAAAAUAGUGCAGUACCUGAGACAAGAGGCGCGGGAUAACUCGAACCCGCCUCAGAGAAACGUGUUUUCGUGCCCGAGUUGCUGGGGUGUUCUCUACGACCCCAAAACGCUCACUUGCGGACACACCUAUUGUAUCAAGUGUCUCUCGAAGGAGACUCUCAGGACCUGUAAAAUAUGCCAAAGCAAAAUCAAGAGCUCAAACGUGGCCAAUCUCAAAGCCAAUGUGUUAGUGGUCGCGUGUGUGGACCGAUGGUGGGCCGGGGAGGUCGAAGGCGUCAAGCUCAGAACUCAAGGAAACAACUAUUUUAAGGAGAAGCAGCUGGAAAGAGCCGUGGAGCUGUACACCGAAGCUGUUGAUUGUGCCCCGUACGACCACCUGCUCCUGAGCAACCGGUCGCAUGUGCUGCACACGCUGGGGCGCGCCGAGGAAGCGCUGAGCGACGCCGAGGCGGCCAUUCGGUGCCGCCCCGAGUGGGCCAAGGGCUACUUCCUCGCCCAGCUAAUCGAAUCCGCUCCCGCCCUUGCAGAGAGCAGCACGGGCUACGUGAGGCACAUCGACAUGAGCAACGUGGAGAAGAACGACUUCGAGUGCACUCUGUGUUACCGGUUCCUGUACCAGCCCGUGACGACCCCCUGCGGCCACUCCUUCUGCCGCACUUGCCUGGACCGCUGCCUCGACCACUCCACCAACUGCCCGCUCUGCAAGACGUCUAUUAAAGUGUGCCUGUCCGAGAGGAGUCCAACCGUGACGGAAUUCGUGCACCACGCCAUGGAGGUGGUGAUGCCCAACGAGUGCCUGGACCGGCGGCGGCAGCACGACGACGAGCUGGACGAGCUGGCGGCCGCAGGGAAGGACCCGCACCACGAGAUCCCCGUCUUCAUCGCCACCCUCGCCAUCCCGACCAUCACCUGCCCGCUGCACGUGUUCGAGCCGCGCUACCGCCUCAUGAUCCGGCGCUGCAUGGAGUCGGGCACGCGGGAGUUUGGCAUGUGCAUGCCCAUGGAGACGGCGGAGAAUGGCUAUGCCGAUUAUGGCACCAUCUUGGAAAUCCGGGACGUAGAGUACACGCCUGACGGACGUGCCAUUGUCAACACCGUCGGGUCCAGACGGUUCAAGAUCGUCAGUAAAAGUGCUAGAGACGGGUACAACACAGCAGCCGUCGAAUUCCUCGAGGACAACGCAAUUCCUACGGCGAAGCUCGGAGAAUCUCGGCAGCUGCACGACACGGUGCACACCCUUGCGUCCCGCUGGUUCGAGUCCAUUGAGCCCAUGACCAAAAGACGGAUUCUCAGUCACUAUGGUCACAUGCCGUCCGUCGAGGGAGAGUACUGGACGCUCUCCAACGGCCCCGCCUGGAUGUGGUGGAUCGUGGCCAUCCUCCCCCUCGACCCCCGAAUCCAGUUGUCCAUCCUUCGGGAAACGUCCCUCCUGCGACGGCUAGAAGUCCUGCACCGGAUCCUGCGCUGCGUGAUGGCCCAGCAGCGGUCGCGGCAGAACGGGGCCGCCCCACAGAAGAAGUCCGAACUGCAGACCUUGCAAAUUGCAGGUUUCUCUGAAUCACUACCUGAACCAGCGCUGAUUUUACGGGACUCCAGCGAAAGGCCAAUCAAGCACUCUGAUACCAUGAUCAUCCAAACGGGUUCUAACACUUUUGUCUGUGUGGUAGGGAGCUCCAUCACGCAUAAAAAUGCAGUCAUUAUCCGGGAACCACUCAAGAGAGAUCACAGACCACACCACCACCUUGAGGAACGAGGGAACGCUAGCAAAACCUCCAACUACCGGGAAUUUGGCAUGCUAUCACCUUUUUAG